AUGUCACAAUCCCCACCACUGACCGGCCUACGGGUUCUUGAAUUUGCAGGCUUAGCUCCUGGACCAUUCGCAGGCCUCUUACUAGCCGACUGGGGCGCCUCUGUCCUACGCAUCGACCGCUCAGUCCCAGGCGCCCAUACCUCUACCCCACCACCACCGACCUCUGACCUUCUAACCCGACACAAAACCUCUAUAGCCGUGGACAUCAAAUCCCCAUCUGGCAUUUCUCUAAUCCUGUCUUUGAUACCGCAUGUCGAUAUUCUGAUCGACCCUUUUCGGCCCGGAGUUUUGGAGAAAGCAGGUUUGGGUCCGGAGAAUGUGUUGUUAAAGUUGAAUCCAAGGCUCAUUGUUGCACGAAUGACGGGGUUUCGCAGGGAUGGAAAGUAUAGUUCCAUGGCUGGCCACGACAUCAAUUACCUCGCUGUUUCUGGAGUUCUUUCCCAGCUCGGUCGCAAGGAAGACACUCCCUAUCCACCCGCAAACCUGCUCGGAGACUUUGGAGGUGGAGGAUUAGUUUGCUUUUUAGGGAUUGUGAUGGCGGUUUUACAGAGACAGCAGAGUGGGAAGGGACAAGUAGUUGAAGCGAAUAUGGUAGAUGGAGUCGCUUACCUAGGAAUCAUGCCUAGAUUGGCUAGAAAGACACCCAUGUGGGAUAAAGGCAGAGGAGAAAAUCUGUUGGAUGGAGGGUGUCCUUAUUACGAUACUUAUGAGUGCAAGGAUGGGAGGUAUAUGGCUGUAGGAGCACUGGAACCCCACUUCUUCACCCACCUCCUCAAAGGCCUAAACAUCCCACUCUCUUCCCUCUCAGGCCCUAGAGACAACCGCACCACUUGGCCUGCCCUACGCACCCUCUUCACCCGCACCUUCAAGUCCAAGACUCGCGCAGAAUGGGAAAAAAUCUUCGAUGGAACAGAUGCAUGUUGCACUCCCGUACUAACACAAGACGAACUGGAGGAAAACGGGUAUGAUCAACGACCUAUAGUGACGCUUAGAGAUUCUCCAGGCAAGGCUAUUGCAGAGGGGGAUGCUGAUACGAGACCGGCGUGUGAGGGCCAAGGGAUUGGUGUGCAGGGGAAUGGGUGGGAGAGUAAAGGGUUAGCGCCAGGUGUUGGUGGUGAAGAGGUGCUGGCGAGAUGGAUGGGGUGGAGUAGAGGACGGCAGUAUGAUCUUGUUGAUGGAGGACUGGUGCGGUUGGGUGGGGGAUCGAAGCUGUAA